UAUGGCUAUAUAUAACAUAUCAAAAAUGUCUUUUUGAAAAGAUUUCGCAUGGGUCAACUUGAGUUGCAUACUUCUCGUGGGUUGAAAUGGGUUGGCUGAAAUGGGCUGAGCUAAUAAAUAGGACAGUCAUUGGUCAGCCCAAACUUGGGCGGAUUGGGCGGGUCAUAUUUCAUGGGCUGAUUUUGCCAGCCCUACUAUUUCCCCCUUCUUUGUUUUCCUCUGUUGGGUAAUCUAUCUUUGUUUAUGGGUGUUGUUAUGUUGUAAGACGGAUGAAUUGCUUAUGACCUCUGGUUUUUGACCUUGGAGGUAGUUGAAUUUUAUCCUACUGGUUGUAUUUCCAGCAGAUAUGAAAUUGAUUAACCAGCUUAAAUGUGCAUUUGUCUUUGGUUGGACCAUACCACAUGAACUUUCUAGUCAAGUAAGAUUCAUAAUUAGAGUUUCAAGCUCGAGUUUGAAAGAAUUGUUUGAUUGGAGAUCAAGCUAACUAUGGUGUGUAUGAGCUUAGCUUGUGUAAUUUUUAAGUUGCAGCUGAACAAUCUAUCCUCUGAAAUUAAAUCUUAUGUGGCCUAAGUUUGAUUUUUUUAGUGGGAUCGACCGGGGUUUGUUUGGUGAUGGGAUAAAUAAGUGCGAUAGAGAAGAAAACUAUUCCAAGAAAGAUACUACUUGAUAAGAUCUGUUGUCAAUAUGCAGGGAGGAGGACAAAUGGAUCCAAGAAAUUGUUGACAAAAUUUUGGAGAUUCUAGGCAUUACCAAAUACGCAGUGGGAAUCGAAUCUCGUGUAAAGGAAAUAAAAUCGUUGUUGAAAGUUGAAUGUGGUGGUGUUUCUUUUAUUGGGAUAUGGGGGAUGAGUGGUGUAGGUAAGACAACUGCUGCAAGAGCAAUAUUUGACGAGAUAUCUUGUCAAUUUGAAGGGUCUUGUUUUCUUGCAAACGUUAGGGAAGUUUCAGAGAAGCAUGGACUGAGCCAUUUGAGACAGAAGCUUCUUUCACAAAUCUUGGAGCAAGCAUUUGUGGAUGUGGCAAGUGACAGAGCCUAUUGGCCAAGCGGAAUUCUUCGUCUCAAGAAGGUUAUAAUUGUUCUUGAUGACGUGGAUAACACCCAUCAGUUGGAAUGUUUAGUUGGGAAACGCGAUUGGUUUGGUGAUGGCAGUCGGAUCAUCACAACAACUAGAAACACUGAUUUACUGUGCAAGCAUGAUGAGUUAUAUUGUGUACCUCGACUGGCUAGACACGAGGCUCUAGAACUUUUUAGUUGGCAUACCUUUCAACAACGGGCUCCUGUUAAGGAGUUUGAAGAGCUCUCGAAUUGUGUAGUAGAUUGUGCUGAAGGCUUACCCUUAACUCUGGAGGUCGUGGGGUCUUGUCUCUACAGACAAGGCAUGGACGAGCUGAGAAGUAAAUUACAUAGACUUGAAGAUUUCGGAAAUAGAAAAAUUGUUAAGCUACUUAGUUUAAGUCUAGAUGUAUUGGGUGACGAGUACCGAAAUAUCUUUAUGCAUAUUGCAUGCUUCUUUAGAGGAAGAGCGAAACGUGAUGUGAUAAGAUUAAUGGAUAGAUUGGGCUUUGACUCAAGGAUAGGAAUACAUGUCUUUACUAAAAGAUCACUUUUAUACGUGUCAAAUGGAAUGAUUGAGAUGCGUGAUUCAAUAGCACAAAUGGGUCAACAAAUGGCAUGUGAUGAUGAGCAGGACAAGCCCUGGAACUGCAAUAGUAGCCUUUGGCAUGAAAAAUAUAUGAAGGCUGAUUUUUCUGCAAGUCAGAUCACCAGAACUCCAACACAACUCAUGGCUUCCAAAAAUGAAUCCGUCAGAAAAUGGAAAUAUGAUGCUUUCUUGAGUUUUAGAGGGGAAGAUACCCGCAAUAACUUUGUCGCUCAUCUUUACAAAUGUUUAGAAGACAGAGGAAUCGAGACAUUCAAGGACGAUGAGAAACUUCAAAGAGGAAAAUUCAUUUCAUCAGAGCUCUCAGAAGCCAUUGAGGAGUCAAGAACUGCCAUUAUCAUCUUCUCUGAGAACUAUGCUUCAUCCACAUGGUGCUUGGAGGAGCUCGCGAAGAUCAUGGAGUGUGCAGACAAGGGUCAGGAAGCCAUCCCAGUCUUCUAUAAGGUUGAGCCAUCAGAUGUACGCAUGCAGAGAAAUAGCUUUGCUAAAGCACUGGCCAAGCACGAGGCAGAUCUCAAGGGUGCUGAUUUGGAGAAGUUGCAGAGGUGGAAGGACGCUCUACGUAACGCAGCGAAUAUAGCAGGAUGGGAUGUUCGCAAAACUGCCAAUGGGAAUGAAGCAAAAUGUAUUGACCAGAUUAUAAACAAUAAUUUUCCAAAUAUGCACUGCACAAUUUCAGCUACCGAAAAGUAUUUAGUGGGAAUCGAAGCUCGAAUUGGUAGAGUGGAGUCAUUGUUGGGAGUUGGAUCAGGUGGUGUUCGUUUUCUCGGAAUAUGGGGCAUGGGUGGCGUGGGGAAGACAACUAUUGCUGGAAAACUUUAUGACAAGAUUUCUCAUCAGUUUCAGAGGUCUUGUUUUCUUGAAAAAGUUCGAGAUGAAUCAAAGAUGAAUGGGCUGAUGCACUUGCAGAGAACACUCCUUUCAAGAAUCUUAAAUGUUAAAUCAGUUGACAUACAAGGUGUUCGUCAAGGAGCGAGCAUGAUUAAAGAAAAACUUUGUCUCCGGAAUGUCUUAAUAGUUUUUGAUGACGUGGAUGAUGAGCACCAAUUGGAGAAUUUAGUUGGAGUGCCUGACUGGUAUGCUGAUGGUAGUAGAAUCAUUAUAACAACUAGAAACAGUGAUUUACUUCGUGACCACAGCCAAUUAUAUCCUGUCUCUGAAUUGUCUAAGCAGGAGGCUCUUGAUCUUUUUAGUUUGCAUGCUUUUCAGAAACCAUCGCCGGAUAUAGAGUUUCUCAAACUCUCCAAGUCCGUAGUAGAUUAUGCUCAAGGCUUACCCUUAGCUCUUAAGGUCUUGGGAAGUUUUCUCAACAAACGAGGCGUAAAUGUGUGGAGAAGUACUUUAGAUAGACUCAAAGACACUGGGAACAAAGAUGUUAUUGAGCAGCUCCGCCUGAGUCUAGAUGAAUUGACCCCCAAAGACAAGAAUAUAUUUCUUGAUAUUGCAUGUUUCUUUAGAGGAAGAAGGGAAGAUUAUGUGAAAGAAAUACUAAAAAGUUUUGGUUUGGAUCCAGAGGUAGGAAUAGAUGUCCUCGCUAAAAGAUCACUUUUAUAUAUUUCAGAAGGAAGGAUUGAGAUGCAUGAUUUGAUAGAACAAAUGGGUCAACAAGUGGCACGUGAUGGUGAACAGGACAUGCCAUGGAAUCACACUAGACUAUGGCAUGAAAAAGAUAUAAAAACUGUCUUUUUUGCAAAUCAGAAGGCAAAGUCAGUUAGAGGUAUAGCGGUACCAACUGGCAUAGACCGACAUAUAUGCAAGUUUAGCAAAGCUUUCAGAAAGAUGCCUUGUCUUAGGUUACUCAUGGUCAAAGGGGACGAGGUCCGACGUCAUGAUCCUGUUGCUGAACCUAUUAAGUAUCUGCCCAGUAGCUUGAUAUGGCUUGAUUGGAGAUACUACACUUUUGAAUCUCUUCCAGCAAAUUUUGAACCAGAGAACCUUGUUGCGCUCAAAAUGACUUUUAGUUCUCUUGUUCGACUUUGUGAGGAGCCAAAGGAAUUUGACAAGUUGACAAUCCUCAAUUUAAGUUUUUCUGAGAGUUUACUCAGCACGCCCAAUUUUUCAGAUAUCCCACAUCUGCGGAGAGUUGUCCUGAAAGGUUGUGUUAGCUUGGUAAAGGUUGAUCCAUCCAUAGGGAAUCUUAAAAAGCUUAUUUUUCUGGACAUGGAAAACUGCAAAAGUGUUGAGUUGUUAUCAAGUGGUAUUCAGAUGGAAUCUCUUGAAAGCUUUAACCUCUCUGGUUGUGAGAAACUACAAAAAUUUCCAGAAAUUAGGGGAAAAAUGGACUUGCUCUCAGAGCUCCUUUUAGGCUGUACCGCAAUAGGGGAGCUGCCCUCAUCAAUAGGACAUCUAAGUGGUGUCAGCUUGCUUGAUUUGCAUUCAUGUAAGAACCUUGUAACACUCCCAACCGAGGUUUCUGAGAUGAGAAAGCUAAGAAUUUUGAAUCUUAAAGGCUGCUCAAAACUUGAUAUUUUUCCAGAGAGCCUAGUUGAUCUACAACAGCUGGAGGAGCUCUAUGCUGGCAACACAGCCAUUCUUCAACUACCAGAUUUUAUUCGGAACUUCAGCAAACUUGAAGUCCUGUCACUAAGAAGAGGAAAUAAGUGCCAAUUCUCUGGGAGUUUGAUACUCCCAUCUUCAUUUGGUGAUUUGCACACGUUGAGAAGCUUAGAUCUCAGUGGUUGUUGUUUAUCUGGUGAUGAAGUUAAUGCUCUUAUACUCUUGCCCAAUUUAUUGGAAUUAAACCUGAGUAGAAAUGAGUUUACUUCUUUACCUGACGGCAUCAGUCUGCUUUGUCGGCUUCAAUAUCUCAACAUAACAUGCUGUCAGAAACUGAAGGGACUUCCCAAGCUUCCUUCAAGUAUAGAGGAAUUAUAUGCAGAUGACUUUCUGGCCAAACAAAGUACUAAAGAGCUACAGAUGUAUCUGAGAUUGAAUUUGGUCUCCUUCACCAGUUAUAGAUUUGAUCAACCAUCUUAUAAAGAAAAGAGCAGUGGAAGCUCAGUUUUGGAUGAGAUCUUCUGUUUGUUUCUCUCAAACAAUAUGGAUGAUGUGCUCAUCCCUUCCCUUAACUCUGAUCACCGUGUAAGUUGCUCUAUUGUCUUUCCUGGAGCUGCAAUUCCCACGUGGUUUAAACAUCAAAGUACUAAGCAAACGAUCUCGUUUGAACUGCCCAAUGAUUGGUACAAUGAUGAGUUUGAGGGCUUUGCUAUAUGCUGUGUGACUCUCAUGGGAGAAGGUUUCUUUGAUCCUGAUUCGGGGCUAUCAGGGAAGUAUGACUAUACAUUCAUCAAAGCCAAAUUGACACACAAUAAUACAGUGCUAGAGAAAGAAUGUAAAGUGGGCACGGUAUCCAGAACUUAUGGCUGGUGUGUUUGCUUUACCUGCAUACCAUUGUAUUCUUCGCUGCAGGCAUCUGGCGCAGUAGACGUUAAGAACCUUAACCAGUAUCGCCUAUUUGAGGCAUCUAUCCCGGGGCGCAUUGUGAGACAAUGGGGAGUUCAGUUGAUCUACAAGGGUAAUAGACAAUUUUAUCGCAGCAGUCUACAGAGGUGGAAUGGAAUUCAAUCAAACUUUGCUGUAUUAUGAAGCCUGUCAGUAAGUAGCUCCGUGUUGGAUCAUGACGGGAACUACUAAGGAAAACUAUAGGAGGCUGUUAUUAUCCAUGUAAAAUAUCAUUGGGAUUAUUGUACAAUGAAGAACAGAAAGAUACGAUAGGAAAACAACUUUUUGAAGAAGGAUAAUGCGAAUUAUAAAAAUCCAUGAAGACAGACUUAAUUGAGGGAUAUGGUAAUUAUUCAAUUGAAUAUUAUCAGAUGCUUAAUUUCUUCCUUUUGCUAUGGAUAAGUGUCUCUCAAUCCCUGUUUGAGGAUGUUUGAAAAGUUAACCCUAAUCGUAUUUCUUUUUAUAUGUUGA